AUGGCGGACUGGUCAAAGCUCUCGAUAGAUAUCUCAAGUCUAAUUCAUGGUGAACUCUCCGUUCUUGAUUGCAUACGUGUCGGAGCCGUUUGCAAGCAAUGGAACUUUGCCUGCAAGUUAAAGUACCAUUGUCCUACGAAGAAGCCACAAUCCCCUUGGCUGGUGUUGCCUGGUGAGUGCGAUACCACCACCAUCAAGUUCUUUUCUAUUCUCGAGAAGAAGACAUACAAGAUUCCAUGCCCGGAACCUAUGAUCCAUCGAAGGGUCUAUAUUGGUUCUGGUCACGGUUGGCUGGUCACCGUGGAUGACAUCUGCAACAUGCACCUUCUAAAUCCACUCACCGGUGCCCAGAUUCCGCUCCCUCCGGUGACGACCUUACCUUUCGUCAGCGCUCGCCACAAUUCCCACGGACAGAUCAUCGAGUUUGUCGUGGAAGUACCAUACGGGGCUAACAUAAUCUCGACAUUGGUGUUCUCCUUCGAGCGCAUGCGGUGCAUCUUCUUCCAGAAGGCAGUACUCUCUGCAGCUCCUGAUGUAGACGACAAUUGCUUGAUCAUGAUGAUUUGCAAUAACUGGAAACAUCUGGUCGUUGGUCGAGCUAGAGGCGAGGCUUGGAAGUGCAUAAGCUUGUAUCAUCACUACACUAACAUCAUUCAUCGCAAAGGCAAGUUCCACUCGAUCAGUGACACUGGAAUAGUUGAGGUAUGGGAGCACGAUGGAUCGAUCUUGAGGCCUCGGAUCAUCGGCUCAAAAAUUCGAUAUUUUUUGAAUCAGUUCAUGCAUUACUUGGUCGAGUCGCUAGACGGUAAUCUACUGUUGAUCGUUAGGGCCCAAGAAGACAUCAAACCUUCUGACAACUUUCUAGUGUUUUCUCUAGACGAGAAAGAACACAAGUGGAAGAAGGUGAGCGACUUACAUGAGCAAACAUUGUUCUUGGGAUACAACCACUCUAUGUGCCUCUCGGCUACAAACUUUCCAGAGUUGCAACACAAUUGUAUCUACUCUACUAAUAACAAACUUAUGUACUAUCAACAUGGAAGUCAUGACAUGGAAAUAUUUUACUUGAAGGAGAAGAAAACACAACAAAUAUAUCAACUUGAACGUCAAUUGAAUUGGCCUCCUCCUAUUUGGUUGACUCCGAGUCUGUCUUGA